ACAUUAACCCACGCUGUUUCCGGUUGACUUUCGUAGCUUUUCGCCUACUGGCCUUUUACCCGCUUUUUGUCGUCGUCGUUUUAGUACGUUUCGGUUCGAUUUGAUUCAGUUCCAAAGCCAUGAGUGCCUUUAUUCCGAGAAUCGAGCAACUGUCUACCCGAGUAGUGAGAGUUUUGGGUUGUAAUCCGGGCCCGAUGACGCUGCAAGGGACCAACACGUACCUGGUCGGAACUGGGAACAGACGAGUCCUGAUCGACACGGGCGAGCCGGCGGUCCCGGAGUACAUCACCAGCCUGAAAGAAGCUCUGAGCAUGUUGAAAAGCAGCAUUCAGGAGAUCCUGGUUACGCACUGGCAUCACGACCACACGGGCGGCGUGGACGACAUUUGCAGGGAUAUCACAGGAUCCGAGAUCAGAGUCAGCAAGCUUCCCCGACCCGGCCGGAUCCAGGAGACUUCGGGAAGCAAGAAGUACACCUACUUGAAAGAUGGAGAUGUAGUCCACACGGAAGGAGCCACGCUGAAGGUGUUAUUCACGCCGGGCCACACGGAUGACCACAUGGCGCUACUCCUGGAGGAAGAACGGGCAGUGUUUUCGGGCGACUGCAUCCUCGGCGAAGGCACAGCAGUCUUCGAGGACCUCCACGACUACAUGAACUCACUCGGGGCACUGAUGCGAGCCGCCCCUCGCCUCAUCUACCCCGGUCACGGUCCCGUGGUCGAGGACGCCGUCGUCAAAAUCCAACAGUACGUCAGCCACCGCGAGGAGAGGGAACGACAGAUCCUGGCGACCGUUCGGGCGGAAGCGGGAAAGAGUUUUUCCUCCAUGGAGCUGGUAAAGAUCAUCUACAAGGACACUCCUGAGCAUUUGCAUCAAGCGGCCAACGUCAACCUGGUGCACCACUUGAAGAAAUUGGAGAAAGAAGGGAAGAUAAGUCAAGUGACGGCAGAAUCGGCAAAGGACAAAACAUGGAAGAGCAACCUGUGAGAUGAGGACUUCAAGGAAAACAUGUCUUGUUGGUUUUGACGACCCCUCAACUCUUUUGUUGAGAUAUCUACGGACUGAAAUCAUGUUAUUUAACAUAGUGAUUAUUUCUUUGGAGGACUUUAUCAAUCAGGAAGGAAAUUUGUAUUGC